AUGGCGAACAAGAUGGAGGGUCCUGAGGAGCACAUGGUGGAAAUCGUCAAAGGCGACUCGGAAAUUGUCCACAAGCAUGAGGUCGCUGACCUCGCCAACGAGAUCCGGGGCGUCCAGCCCAGUGCCACCACGCCGACCAUGUUCAGGCUCUACCUGAUCCUGUCAAUCGGCUACUUCUGCAUCAUCCUGCAGGGCUACGACAGCUCAUUGAUGGGUGCCAUCAAUGCGAUGCCUCAGUACUUGAGUUAUUACGGAUUAAAAUCCGCAAGUGCUUCCACCGGCCUGGUCUUUGCGAUCUACAACAUCGGAGCGAUCGCAGCGCUGCCCAUGAGUGGUCCGAUCAACGACACUUUCGGCCGACGGUGGGGCAUGUUCACCGGUGCCGCGCUGGUCAUCUUCAGCACGUGCAUCCAGGCUCCUUCGACCUCACGGGCGAUGUUUUUGGCCGGCCGGUUCUUCGUUGGGUUUGGACAGGGGUUUCUCAACGUAGCGGGCAUCACCUAUGUCAGCGAGAUGGCACACCCGCACUGGCGUGGCCCGCUUUCCGCCUUCCUCGAGACAAACUACUUCGUGGGAAGCAUCCUGGCCUCCUGGGUGACCUACGGGACCGCGUACAUGGCCGGAACCAUCGCCUUCCGCCUCCCCGUCUGGCUCCAGAUGGUCAGCUCCGGAUACAUCGUCCUGGGCGUAUUCUUCUGCCCGGAGUCGCCACGCUGGCUCAUGGCGCAAGAUCGCUACGCGGAAGCCGAGGCCGUGCUCGCCACGUACCACGGCGAAGGGUCCCGAUCCAGCCCGUUCGUCCGUCUCCAGCUCGCCGAGAUGCGCGCCCAGAUCUCGUCGGACGGCUCCGACAAGCGCUGGUGGGACUACCGCGACCUGUUCAUGACGCCGACGGCGCGACGCCGCCUGAUCUGCGUGGUGGGCUUCGCCUGGUUCGGCCAAUACUCGGGCAACGCGCUGGUGUCGUACUACUUCCCCGUCAUCGUCGAGCAGACGGGCAUCACCAACCCGCACACGCAGCUGCUGCUCAACGCCCUGAACCCCGUGGUGUCGUGGAUCGCGGCGAUCCUGGGCUCGCUGCUGAGCGACCGCGUCGGCCGGAGGCCCUUGCUGCUGGGCGGCUUCACCGGCUGCGCGCUGUGCCUCGCCGUCGUGACGGGCCUGACCAAGGUGUCGGUCACGUCGGGGGGUGCCGCCGCGGGCCACGCGGGCAUCUUCUUCAUCUACCUGUUCAGCGUCGUCUUCUCAUUCUGUCUCACUCCGCUGCAGCCCUUCUACAUCUCCGAAUGCCUGGCCACCGAGACCCGCGCCAAGGGCAACGCGCUCGGCCAGAUCGUCGCCUCGGUCGCCGGCGUCGUCGGCCAGUACACCACGGGCGUCGCCAUCAGCCACAUCGGCUACUACUACUACCUGGUGUUUGUGUUCUGGGACUGCUUUGAGGUGCUGAUCACAUAUCUCUUCUUCCCUGAGACAAAGGGCCGCACUCUGGAAGAAAUCAAUGAAAUUUUCGAGGAUCCUCACCCGGUCAAGAAGUCUCUGGAGAGGAAGGAUACCACGGGAGUUCUGCAGGCGACAUUGCGGGUCGGAGAAGAGGCAUGA